AUGACCUACGAAUGCAAGAUUUAUGAUAAGUCGUUCGCUAGAAAAGAUAGUUUAACUUGUCAUACGAGAAUCCAUACAGGAGAAAAACCCUACAAAUGUGAAAUAUGUGAUAAAUGUUUUGCUCAUUCAAGCAAUUACAAAUGUCAUCUUAGAACCCACACGGGAGAAAAACCCUACAUAUGUGAAACAUGUAAUGAAUGUUUUGCUAGCUCCAGCACUUUUAAUCGUCAUCUUAGAGCCCACACGGGAGAAAAACCAUACAAAUGUGGAACAUGUGAUAAAUGUUUUUCUCAAUUAAGCACUUUAAAUAAUCAUCUCCGAACCCACACGGGAGAAAAACCCUACAAAUGUGGAACAUGUGAUAAAUGUUUUUCUCAAUUGAGCAGUUUGAAACGUCAUCUUAAAACCCACAGAGAAGAAAAGUCAUAA